AUGGCGCCCCUCGUUCUCCUCCUCCUGGCCUCGCUAGCUGCAGCCUGCAGCGCCUCUGAGCUGCGCCAGGGGGCGGACAAGUCUUCCUUCGAGUGGGUGCUGGACCCUCACGCCGCGGAUCGCUGCGCCGACGGCUCCACUGGCUGCGUGAACCACGUGAAAUAUGGCUACACUGUGGUGCCCGUGAACGUGUCGACGGACGCCAAGAUCGUCAUGCAGACGGCCGAGCGGCCCGCCAAGCUCUCGGCCGUCGUCAAGCUGGAGACCUACACGCAGCCAGGCUGCGUCAUCAGCGGCUGCCGCUCCGUCAAGUGGCUGGGGGUGCUCCCCCAGGAGGACUGCUUCAACCACCAGGUGCGCAAAGUGGCCGACCAGCCGGACGGGAAGAGCGUCAGGAUCGACUUUGGAGGCAUCUACUACGAGCACCUGCCCUCGGGCGAGCUCUACGUCAAGUACGAGCGCAGAAACUACCUGACGGACGAAGACACUUGCACCUACGAGAUCCGAAGUGGCUACAAGCGGUGGUUCUAG